CAGACGUGAAACACUGAGCACUCGACACAUUGUUGAGAAAGGACAGAUGUUGCCGCGUUUUAAAAUUAUUAAAUUUGGAAAUAAGACGUGAUUGGUCGACAGAGCAUCAGGCCUCCCGCGUGUUCGCGUUUAUUUUUGAAAGUCACAAAAAAAAUGACAGGCAAACAAAUCUCUAUAUCCAAGUAUACAUGGGUAAUAUCGAUAUGAUACAUAUAGGUACAAAGUUGUGUCACGUAUUUAAAUAUAUUUUAUCUUUCUGUUCGUUAUACGUAGUCGUAUUGUGAAAGUCCCAGCCGGAUGUGCUUCGUAUCUGCGCUGGUCCGAUUCGAAUCGCUGUCUUCCAAAUCCAGUCGUGACGACCACGAGCGAGCAGUUUUCAAGUGAAAAUAAACCAAAUUGCCGGACGUUUACGCCCCUUUCGGUCACUUUCUGUCGUGUUCCGCGCUCGCCGUCGUGUCAUGAAGUCCACUUUGUGUCCUGCUCGACGCUCGCUGGCGAAUUAAAAAGGUGUAGCAGAUGUCUCCUCCACCCCAGCUGAGACUCCUGUUCAUGAACGGAGGCGUAGCUCGCUACCUGGCGCUCAACGGAUGACACGACACUGAGCGAACAUGGAGACGGGGGAGACGCCAUAUUUUCUCCCGCGCCGUUCUCCGCGCUAAAGUCUUCCUCUCAGGCAAAAGCUAUUCUCAUAAUUGGAUUCAGGGACUUUUUUUUUUCCCCUUUCCCCAUUCCUCGCUUCGCUAAGCCAUAGCCGCCCGCUGCCAUCAUGGCGUCGGAGGGCUUUCAGUACCGCGCGCUGUACGACUACAAGAAAGAGCGCGAGGAGGACAUCGACCUGCACGUGGGCGACAUGCUGCUGGUCAGCAAGGGGGCGCUGUUGGUGCUCGGCUGCGGCGCCGGCGCCGAGGAGCGACCCUCUGAGAUCGGAUGGCUGCCCGGCUUCAACGAAACCACGCAGGAAAAGGGCGACUUCCCGGGCACCUACGUAGAAUUCGUAGGCAGGAAGAGGAUGUCGCCGCCCACGCCCAAGCCCCGACCACCCAGGCCGCCGUCGGCCGCGUCGAUGAGAACCGACUCGGAAUCUGAGGGGGUCACGCUGCCAGAUCUUCCGGAGCACUUUGGACCGCCCGACACGGCCCCGCCCCUCCUGAGCAGACUGAUGGAGGCCGUGGAGAGCAAAGGCGCGGACAGUCCCGGCUUGUACCGGGGCGGCGGCGGCGGCGGAGGAGGAAGUUUGGACACGAGGCAACUGGCCCAAGCCGAGCUGGAGCAGAUGGAGGUGUCGGCCCUGUGCGACGGGGUGGUCCGCUUCCUGCAGGAGCUUCCCGGGCCCGUCCUGCCGUCUUCGCUGCAGGACGACAUGAUCCACGCCGUGCAAGAGGUCCGAGACCCCGAGGAGUGCGCCCGGGUUCUGCUGGGCGUGGCCAGCUCCCCAACGUGCGCCGCCCAGUACGGCCUGACCCUCCUCAGCGUGGUGCGGCACCUGGCUCGACUCGGCGCGCAUGCCGCCCGCAACCAGCUCAGCGUGAGGGGCCUCGCCGAGACCUUCAGCCCGCUGCUUUUCAGGCAGACCGCCGCCGGGUGUGAGUCUGGCCCAGACCCUUUGAUUCAAGUUCUGGAGGUUCUGAUCAAUAGCGAGCUCAACGUGAACCAGGCUGCUCCAGCUUUACCUCCCAAACCCGCCAAGCCGUCGUCGUCGGCGUCCGCCAGCGAGUGCACGUUCAACAACGGCAUGGCGCUUCACGACGCCGAGUGGUACUGGGGCGACAUCUCCAGGGAGGAAGUGAACGAGAAGCUGCGGGACACGGCCGACGGCACCUUCCUGGUGCGCGACGCUUCCACCAAGAUGCACGGCGAUUACACCCUCACGCUCAGGAAGGGGGGCAACAAUAAGUUGAUUAAGAUCUUCCACCGCGAGGGCAAGUACGGCUUCUCGGACCCGCUGACGUUCAGCUCGGUGGUGGAGCUCAUCAAUCACUACCGGCACGAGUCCCUGGCGCAGUACAACCCCAAGCUGGACGUCAAGCUGCUCUACCCGGUCUCCAAGCACCAGCAGGACCAGGUCGUUAAAGAGGACAGCAUUGAAGCGGUGGGCAAGAAGCUCCACGAGUACCACCUGCAGUACCAAGAGAAGAACCGCGAAUAUGACAGGCUCUAUGAGGAGUACACCAGAACUUCUCAGGAGAUCCAGAUGAAGCGCACGGCCAUCGAGGCCUUCAACGAGACCAUCAAGAUCUUCGAGGAGCAGUGUCAGACUCAGGAUCGCUUCAGCAAGGAGUACAUCGACAAAUUCCGCCGCGAGGGCAACGACAAGGAAAUCCAGAGGAUCAUGGAGAACUACGACAAGUUGCGCUCGCGCAUCAGCGAGAUUGUGGACAGCAAGCGCCACCUGGAGGUGGACCUGAAGAAGCAGGCCGCCGACUACCGCGAGAUCGACAAGAAGAUGAACAGCAUCAAGCCGGACCUCAUCCAACUGCGCAAAACCAGAGACCUGUACCUCAUGUGGUUGACCCAGAAGGGAGUCCGGCAAAGGAAACUGAAUGAGUGGCUUGGACUGAAGAACGAGACCACCGAGGACGAGUACAGCAUGGUGGAGGACGAGGAGGACCUCCCUCACCACGACGAGCGUCUGUGGCGUCUGGGCAACAUCAACCGCGGUCAAGCCGAGUCGCUGCUGAGAGGCAAAAAGGACGGAACCUUCCUGGUCCGCGACAGCAGCAAGCCGGGAUGCUACGCCUGCUCCGUCAUGGUGGAAGGCGAAGUGAAGCACUGCGUGAUCAACAAGACGAGUACGGGCUUCGGCUUCGCCGAGCCGUACAACCUGUACGCGUCGCUGAAGGAGCUGGUGCUGCACUACCAGCACACGUCGCUGGUGCAGCACAACGACUCGCUCAACGUCACGCUCGCCUUCCCCGUCUACGGCCAGCAGAGGCGCUGACCCGGCCNNCCCCCCCCCGCCGCUCCCCCUUCUUCGGUGUGGCUUCACGCUGAAGAGCUCUUUCGGUCAAUUCCCGGAUGCUGAUUCGAGAAUGAGUGAACGAUUCCCCCCUCCCCCGCAGCCUGCUCCUUGUGGCGGAAGUUGUGAAAUCGCUCGAGGACCCCCGUCGUCCUUACACUCACGGCUGACUUUCAAAAUAAAGGUACUGAAAUGGCAAAGCUGCAUUGUGACGUGCGGACGGCAGCAUUCCAAAGACUUUCCUCUCCAGGACUCAGGUGCUUGACUCUUCCUCUUUUUCCAUUCCCAACCAGGGGAGGAGGAUGAAACAUUUCAACUUAACUUCAGUAUUUUCCUUCACACUCUUAUUUUGAAAUUAUACAAAACACUUUAAAAGUUACAAGUGUUUCCGCACUCGGAUCAAUAAAAAUAAUUUUGUCCAUUCA